CUCUCUCUCUCUCCCCCUCUGUGUGUGUGAUGCUGCAGCUCCUGUAGUCUCUCCAGUCUCCUGUAAACAGCAGUCAUGGCGACAGUGGUCCAACCGCUCACUCUGGAUCGAGAUGUUGCCAGGGCUAUAGAGCUGCUGGAGAAGCUACAAGAGUCAGGUGAUGUACCCGGUCACAAGCUCCAGUCCCUGAAAAAGGUCCUUCAGAGUGAGUUCUGUACAGCCAUCAGAGAGGUGUACCAGUACAUGCAUGAAACGAUUACAGUGAAUGGCUGUCCAGAGUACCAGGCCAGGGCCACAGCCAAGGCCACAGUUGCGGCGUUUGCAGCCAGCGAGGGUCACUCCCACCCCCGAGUGGUUGAGUUACCCAAAACAGAGGAAGGGCUGGGCUUCAAUGUGAUGGGUGGAAAAGAACAGAACUCACCUAUUUACAUCUCCCGCAUCAUCCCUGGAGGUGUAGCUGAAAGACACGGAGGCCUAAAGCGAGGAGAUCAGCUGCUGUCUGUCAACGGCGUGAGCGUAGAAGGCGAACAUCACGAGAAGGCGGUGGAGCUGCUGAAGGCGGCCAAAGACAGUGUAAAGCUGGUGGUUCGCUACACCCCUAAAGUGCUGGAGGAGAUGGAGGCUCGCUUCGAGAAGCUCCGCACGGCCCGACGACGUCAGCAGCAGCAGCUCCUCAUGCAGCAGCAACAACAGCAGAACCUGACUCAGCAGAACCACAUGUCGUAGGUUGUUCCAAAAGAAGAAGAAGUGAAAGGGAGCAAAUUGUGGAUCUCAAAGACCAUCUGUUUGUGUUGAGCAUCCCGAAGGAAUCUCCCCAUCGUGGAGGAAGCUGUACCAACAAAGAAGGCUUUUUUACUUCACUCUCUCCCCUCCAGUGUGUACCAUCGAUUACUGAGCAAAAACACCGAGAGCCAGUUGUCCUAAAAUUGGUGCUUUGUGGGAGGCCAACACUGAAAGUCGUCCAUUUUAACUUUGUAUUCCCUUUUUCUAAGUUGUUCUCCCUGGAUAGUUCAAGGUUGUGACUCUAAAUGAAUUUCCUUUCUUGUGCUUGUUGUUUUGUUUACAGUCAUCCAUUUUCGAUUGAAUACCGACACCCAUGACACCGUGGCACCUUUGCCAUUUUGCCAUAGAUAUCAUUUGUACAGUGGUGUUUCUAUUGAUUCCUCAACUGGUGCUUGUGUCUCUGUACGAAUGACCAUUCAUUUGUCCUGUUUUGGAAAAACGUGAACUCUUUUUUACCUUCUAUAUUGUAGCAAGAAAAGAUUUUGUAUCUUGUAGGUUUAGCAAUAACGCACAUGCUUCAGUUUGACAUUUCACCACUAAAUUCACGAUCAAAUACGUACAACACAUGCAGAGUUUAUGGGAUAUGUGCAAAUGAUAAAGCAACCUGGGUCUCAUGCACUGAAAGGCAGCUUCUGAGUCCAAAUCUAUCCUUUGUGCCAUUUAAAGAGAUUACUGAUUUGCAGAGAUAAAAAAAAAAAAAAGAGAGCGAUAUAAAAUGUAUGUUUCCAAGAUUUUUUGACAAGGUCCAAAUCAAUAAUAAAUAUCUACUGUGUCCUAUUCCCGACAGAUGAAUAGAAUGUCAGUUUAAAAGAGUAAAAACCUAAAUCAAAAUAUGGUAUUAUCUUUAUUUUUCAGACUUCUCUAUUUUAUAGUUCAUGAGAGCAGAGAUUUAACAUAAAGUUUUAUUGUUCCUUUUAGAUAUUAUGUAUUCUUCAGACUUGCAGAUUAUUAUUUAAGUUUAUUCAUUGUAUAACAGCUGAAUGCUAGCACAUAGUUGAUGUGGUGUUGAUCCUCACACUUUUGUUUUGACAAUCAUUGUAAGCAGCGAUGACACUCAGAAUCUGAUGUUAAGCUUCUCCCUCCAAACCCGGUACCUGAACUCCCUCUGUCAAAGCACCAGAGUGGGAAAAACCCCCACAAAGGUCUGUAUUUGUGUUUUUUGUUGUUUCCAUCUUUGGUGCUAAGCUUUGUGGUGGUGGUGUCUUUGCACUGCGCUUGCCAGAAAUUCCUUUUAGAGUUCUGAGUCUUCGAUACUGUUUUUGUUGUUUUCUUUUCUCUGUAGGUGGUGGGCUUUAUUUUGUCAGUUUAAACAUACAUAAAUGCUUUUGAUGCUUAGACUGUCUCUGUCUGUUUACCAUAAGCAAACACCGAACAAAAAAACAAAAAAAAUGCAUCAAUUCCAAUAAGCCAGAGGAUUUUUGCUUCCCUAAAAGAGACCAACCAGUCGCUGUAUCAUAACAGCACAUACGAGGCUUAUUAAUGUGUCAAGUUGCAUUAUCGAUCCUUUAUUACAGAUUUUAUUAUUUACUAUCAGCCACAAACGAUUGCAUUUUCACCCUUAAUUAUCUCUGAUUUCUUAAUUACAUCUAAUUGCACAAUUUACAGAUAGUCCAUUUAUAAUGUGUGCCACACUGCCAGAUAUGGCCAUUUCCUAAAUCACCUGUUUGCAGUUAAAUGUAGUUAAUGCCAAGUCUGUGGUAUUACUGUUCCUGACCAAACUGCUCAGGUUUUGUAGGAAGCCCAUCAUCUGAUAAACAACAACAUUCUGUCCAUCCUUCAUGUCUCAAUCAGAUAAAUCCUGUUUUGUAUCUUUAAAUCACAGGUACUCUUUCUUAAUUGACUUGCAUUUUUGAAACUGAUGGUCCUGUACUUAACGUAAAGAUGAAAAAAGACAGAAAACUGUUGAUAUGCAAUUGUUAUACAUAAUAUAUUUGUAUAAAUAAAUCUAUGUGCUUGUGUACAGUGAA